GAUGCUUUCCUCAUUUCACCGUCCUUUCUCACAUUGGUUUCCGUUCUACAGUUUUCUGUACUAAUUUUCAAUUUCCUUUGUUUUUCCUCUACCCUUCAUUCUGCAAAACCCAUUUGUAGUUUUUGAAUCUGUUUGUUUCCCUAGAAAGUAGAAGAAUUUCUGUUUUCCUUUCAUGGAAUCUGGAAAAGUAAACAGAGCAAAUCAUGUGGUGCUGCCCAUGUUAAAAAUAGAAGAAGAAGUUUUGAGGAAGGAAAGGGAAAAUGCUAAAGUUCUUUCUUCAAUGACACAAUCAUCCUCUCAUUCCUUUUCAGUGAACAUCCUAGUGGGUUCUUCUCAAAGGAAUCUGGAGUUAGCACAGCCUGAGAAUCUCAGAAACAGAGGCGGCCCAGUCCCCACUUUGCCAAUUUCUUCUACUUCUAAAGCGGUUGUCAGUCCAAAGCUAGAUAAACCUCCCAAAACCCCAAGAAAGGCCCUGCCAAGGUCUUUCCUUUCAAAGUCAAAAUCGAGAAUGAUAGAGCGGGAUUCAAGCACGAGAACUGGAAGCAAGAAAGUCAGCACUCCUAGAGGGACUCCGAAAAAAGUAGGGGAUGAUGAUGCAGAUGAUGAUGCUGAUGAUGAAAGUACCAAUGUUGAAACAAAGAAGAUAUUGGGUAAGUGGACAUUUUCAAUGAUAGUUGAGUGGGUUGUAUUUGUUUGCUUUGUGGGGUGCUUGAUUGUUAGUUUAACUGUGCACAAGUUUGAUAAUGAUUUAAUUUGGGGAUUAGAACUAUGGAAAUGGUGUGUGCUGGUUUUGGUUAUUUUUUGUGGUAGGCUUUUAACUAGAUGGGCGAUGAAUGUUGUAGUGUUCUUGAUUAGAAGGAAGUAUGUGCGAAAUGAAAAGGUUUUGUAUUUUGUUUUUGGGGUUAGGAAAAGUGUUAGAUUUUUCUUGUGGUUGUGUUUGGUUCUUGUGGCUUGGAUAUUGUUGGUUAAACGUGGAGUUAAGAGACCAAAGGAAACCUCAGAUAUUCUGAAUGACAUUACCAGGGGUCUUGCUUCUUGUCUUCUCGGGGUAUUUUUAUGGUUGUUGAAAACUCUGUUUGUCAAGACAGUAGCUGCUCAUUAUCAGUGUAAAAGAUUCUUCGAUAGGAUUAAAGAAGCAAUCUUUCAUCAACAUGUUGUUGAGGUUCUCUCUGGGUCUCCAUCUAGAGAUAAUAGUGGUACAAGUACAAGCAUUUCCCAGAUGUUUUCUGAGUUAAGGAGGAAAAAGAAAGGUAAAAGAGAGGAGCUGAUUAAGUGGCUAAGGAAAAUGAAGCAGGAGAAAACCUCAGCUUGGACCAUGAAAGAGUUUGUUGAUGUCAUAAGUACCUCCAAGUUGUCUAUUGUUGCAGAUGAAGAUGAGCAGAAAGAUAAGAAAAUCACAAGUGAGGAGGAAGCGAGGAAAGCUGCUAACAGAAUUUUCAAGAAAGUGUCCAGAACUUACCAAACUGAUAUCGAGCACCACAUGUCAGAGAAAUUUAUCAGAAAGGAGGACCUCCAGCCCUACUUUGAUAAGGAGGAAGUUGAAGAUGUUUUCUUACUACUUAAAGGAGAAUCAGAGGGUGGAGAGAUAAAGAAAAAGGCUUUAAGGGAAUGGCUUUUGAAUGUUUACAAUGAACGCAAAGCAUUGGCAUGUUCCCUGAAAGACUCAAAGACAGCAAUAGAAGAGCUCAACAGGCUUUCCUCUGGGGUUAUCCUUAUUGUGACCAUCAUUGCUUGGUUACUUAUAAUGGGAGUUUUAACAACCAAAGUACUUCUCUUCAUUUCAUCCCAGCUUCUGCUUGUGGUAUUCAUGUUUGGCAACACUCUCAAGACUGUAUUUGAAGCAAUCAUAUUUGUAUUUGUGGUCCACCCCUUUGAUGUCAAUGAUCGUUGUGUCAUUGAUGGAGUACAGAUGAUUGUUGAAGAGAUGAAUCUUCUGACAACUGUUUUUCUGAAAUAUGACAAUGAGAAAAUAUACUAUCCAAAUGCUGUUUUGGCUACCAAACCAAUUGGCAACUUCUACAGGAGUCCUGACAUGGGUGAUUCUAUAGAGUUUGCUGUCGAUAUUUCCACAACAGUAGACCAAAUUAAGGCUCUUAAAGAAAGAAUUGAAAUGUAUUUGAAGGAGAACUCUGAGUUGUGGCAACCUGAACAUAGUGUGGUGGUUAAAGACUUUGAUGAUGUGAACAAAAUGAAAAUGGUUUUCUAUUUCACUCACAAAAUGAACUUUCAAAACUAUACAAAGAGAAAUGCCCGACGAUCUGAUCUAAUCUUAGAGUUGAAGACAGUUUUGGAAGAUCUGCACAUUAAAUACCAUAUGCUGCCUCUCCAAGCUCAGCUCAUCGGGCUGGGAUUUCCACCUCUCCCUCGCUGAGUUGCUGCCUUGAUAAGUUUGCAUCGGACCAUGUAGAUUGGGAGGCCAAUAUAUAGCAACAUGCAAACUGAAAUGCUUGCUAAGGUCUUUUCCUGAUGGGGAUAUGUUUGCCUAGAUUCAGAAAGUGCUUAAUUCUAUCUUUGUUUCGUUUAAAAUAAUAUUUGCCCUUAUGUGGACGUGUUGUCUCAUCUAAUGGAUAAAGUGCUGUUUGUUCC